AUGGAUGUCAAGGCGGCCCCCAACGGGGUGGCCACCAUCGAGGACCGGAUCCUGCGGAUCACCGGCUACUAUGGCUAUUACCCGGGUUACUCCAGCCAGAAAAGUACCUCUAGAUCAUCAGUUACUCGAUGUAAACCCGGAGCCAACUGCCCCAGUUCACACAGUGGCAUCAGUAGACAACUGUCCCCUCUAUCUGUCACCGAAGAUUCUUCCGCUCCUAUUCUUGAACUUCAGAAUCGAGGAUCCUCUGGAGUUUGUGGACAUAGAGUCGAGAGGCAGAACAGAUCAGGGGAUGAUGGAACACAGACUCAUCCUGAGAAUGGCAGCCAAGAAAACAGAAUCAAGGCUCGCUGCCGGUCCUGCACGUCCGUCGUUCUGAAGGCCGUCUGGGGACUCUUGAUCAUCUUGUCAGUGUCAUCCUCUUGGGUUGGAACCACACAGAUUGUAAAAAUUACUUAUAAGAACUUCUACUGUCCAUUUUUCAUGACUUGGUUUUCAACAAACUGGAACAUUAUGUUUUUCCCAGUCUAUUAUUCUGGUCAUCUGGCCACUGCUCAAGAAAAACAAUCUCCAAUGAAAAAAUUCAGGGAAUGCAGUCGGAUUUUUGGUGAAGAUGGUCUGACACUGAAGCUCUUUCUUAAAAGAACUGCUCCCUUUUCUAUUCUAUGGACUUUGACUAAUUACCUGUAUUUACUGGCUUUAAAGAAGCUGACAGCCACAGAUGUCUCUGCUCUGUUCUGUUGUAACAAAGCCUUUGUCUUCUUGCUGUCGUGGAUCGUGCUGAAAGACAGGUUCAUGGGCGUGAGGAUAGUUGCCGCAAUAAUGGCCAUCACCGGCAUCGUUAUGAUGGCGUACGCCGAUAACUUCCACACGGAUUCCAUCGUGGGAGUGGCAUUUGCAGUGGGCUCAGCCUCCACAUCUGCAUUAUAUAAGGUUUUGUUUAAGAUGUUUCUUGGAAGUGCCAACCUUGGAGAAGCAGCACACUUUGUCUCCACAUUGGGUUUCUUCAAUUUGAUCUUCAUCUCCUUCACCCCAGUCAUCCUGUAUUUCACCAAGGUGGAGCACUGGUCCUCAUUUGCAGCUCUGCCAUGGGGCUAUCUCUGUGGGAUGGCAGGGCUGUGGCUGACCUUCAACAUCCUGGUGAACGUCGGCGUGGUUCUGACAUACCCAAUCCUGAUCUCCAUUGGGACAGUGCUCAGCGUUCCUGGAAACGCAGCUGUGGAUCUCCUGAAGCAGGAGGUGAUAUUCAGUGUGGUCCGCCUGGCCGCUACCAUCGUCAUCUGCCUUGGGUUUCUGCUGAUGCUGUUGCCUGAGGAAUGGGAUGAAAUUACCCUGAGAUUCAUCAACAGCCUGAAGGAAAAGAAGAAUGAGGAGCAUGUGGAUGACAUCACAGAUUCCAGUGCACACCUGCGAAGCAGGAGCAGGGCCAAUGGGACAGUGUCUAUACCACUGGCUUAA